UUUAUCUGUAUCAUGCCAGAUUGCGAGGGCCAUGUCGCAUUUUAUGAUGGUAGUUCCGAACAACCCCUCGAAAAGAUUCACCUCUGCUACUUGUAUCGAUAUCGGGUAAGAGAGAAUGAGUGCCUCAUCGCCACCUCCCUACGCUUGUUGUCCAAGAACAAAAUGGAUGCCUCACCCCCAGCACCGAUUCUAGUAAUACUAUCAAUCUUGUGACUUCUCUGCUCGUUACCAUUCUUUCUUGUGUGCUAUGCAUGCAUCGCUACAAAAUCAAAUGUGAUACUAAAACUACGCUCGUAUAGACAUAAACGUGCCGGUGUGCAGAAAUAAUGGUUGUCUUCUAUUGCUGGGUUAGUUAAAGAGUUAGGCUAGUCCGUGGUAGCAAGUUUGGGUUGGUCUAUAGAAGCAUCGCGCAGCUGGUUGUGAAGUGUUUCUCUUCCUUCUUUGUGGUUACUUCUUUUUUUUCUUAGUCUUUCACUUGUCUGUUGCUUGUGAAACGUACCGCGCCCGAAUUGGUGGCCAGAAAUUGCUUCUGAAAUCUCCAAAAUCCAAAAUAGGAGGUAUAUGCUAUCUUCAUGGUUUUAGUAAAACUUUGUGAUAGGCAGCGAGCUGUAGAUUUGAAAAAGGGGUGGUCGUGCGCCUGCUAAGAUUUUUAGCACAGGAGAAUUGUACAGUUGGAGCGACCGGCGUUCGUACUCGUCCUCGACGGCCACGACGAGGCAGUACUGCUGACACGGCUACAGCUCCUUCAGCGGCGUGAUACCGGUAAUUCCCGUAGGUGAGAACGCUCACCUAAUAAAGAUCGGCUGCUACGCUUGCAGGAUCGGUUACACACGCUCGCCGUCAUCGCACACCGCUUUCAAACUAGGUACUAAAAAGCAGGGAAGUACAAAAACACCUUGUCAACUUCUUGCAUUUCGGCAGUCGUUGUGCUGUUAACAAUCGCAUUGCUUUUCGAGACUCGUGGUGUUGCCUGAUUGCCGCGAAGUAGCUUGAAAAUUCGGCCUCAGGCAGCUGAGAAACGAGCGCGCCCGCUUCUCGCGAAGGAUACAUCUUCUUCGUAGAAGUACUGACUUGUCUGUGAGGACAACAGGAACUAGUACAGCAAGAUGUUGGUCAUUGUGACGGUUAUCUGGGACGACCGCGUCCUAAAAGUGGACGUGAAUACGAAGAGAAAACAGUCUCACCUGAAACAAAUCCUUGUCAAGGAACAUGGCAUGGAUAGAACAUACCGCCUCAUGUUCAAGGUAUGUAUAGACAUCAUUUUUUUUCUCUAGAAGUAUGGUUGCCUCUUGGAGAACACGUUGAUGUAAGCUGAUUAAUAUUUUGAGGACUUGCUUGUUUUCAGGAGCUAGUACCAACAUACCACUUGGUUUUUGCGACGUUCUUUUUAGAUUGUGUCAAUUUCGUGUCCUAACUUACUCGUUUCGCAGGGUCGGGAACUGGAGGAGCGACCAUUAGAUGAGCAGGGAGUUGCAGACAAAAGUGAGAUAACGGUCAUAAAACCCGCAGGUUUCCAAAUAGCAGGAAAGGAGAGACCAAAGAAACAGGAGCUGGGUUACAUGCCUCAGGUAAGCCUUUACAAACCGUUAAUACGAAUCAAUACUUGCACUUGACCAAAAAAAUCCUGCUUGAGGCAAGAACAAUAAACCUGUGAUAUAUCAACCCGCAAGAACUGCUACAAGCAGUAGCGAGAGGACGAUUUUCACUUUCCACAGUCGCUUACUCCAGGUUCUAGUGGACUUGCAGCAGCAUUUGUUGAUGAAUCCGGAAAUUAUGCAGCAGAUGAUGAAUAGUCCAGCAAUGCAGAGUCUUCUUAACGACGACAAAUUCUUGGAGAGCAUAAUGAAGAUGAAUUUAUGGCUUCCACCACGACCUGUGCACGACAUAAGUAAAAAUUUUGUCAACUGCUUAGUGUCAUUGUGACUUCGCAGACGAGAUAUGCUUGUUCAUGUAAGUUGUUUUUCCGUGGUGGAAAUCCAAUUUACUCGGUAUGGGUAUGUGAGGCACUUCUUGGCGUAAGAUUUUCUAGACGUUUUUUUGACUUUCAAGAAUGAAUGAUCAUGAUCAUGAUGUACUGUUUUGUGCGUUCAUUCUUGCCAGCCGUGCGCAUGUCUUUGGAGACGAAUCCUGAUUUUGCAGAUAUGCUGAAGCGGGACCCGGAAUUUAGGGAACAAGCGGGUGAGGCGUUCAGAAAUCCAAGUACGAUGCGUGAGGUGCUGCAAUCAACUGAGCUCGCUGUGCAGGAGCUAAAAGGAGUUCCGGGAGGCAUAGAGAUGAUCACCAGCAUGUAUCAGCAGCUAAACCUGCCACCAGAAGACGAGAAGCCGCCGCCAGAGGAAGACGAGGAAGAACGGCAGGCAAGACUCGAAAGGGAAGCAGCCGAGGGCGUACCAAGAAUCUUGUCUCUUUGUCAACAUUCUUGAGCAACGCUUUUCCUUCUCACAACUUGAUUUUCUGGUUCCAACAAUCUGCUUGUAUCUAUGUCUUUCGAUCGAGAUGAUCAUUAAAACUCAGCCGGCGUAAAUUAAUGUAACCAACAACGAAUCCGCCUUGAUUUCCAAUCUGUUCCCAAAUUGAUCCAGCUGCCAGCAUGGCAUACGGCAUGCGACUCGAAUGCAAUGGCAAGUAUGAUGCAGGAUCCCAACUUGCAGCAAUUGAUGGCGCAGUAUAUGGAAACGACGGAGAGAGAUAACGAAUGCUUCUCUAACUCUGCUUUUGUAGCAAGUCUCUUUAGACCACAAAACAUGCAAGCCAUUGCCAGUAUGGAGACCGCAAUGAACGCUAUGGUAGGUCACUUAUUUCCUGUAGUAUGUAUGAUGUUGGUUUAUUACGACUACCGAUUCUCCUUGCUUGUUCUUGUUUCCCGGUAACAUCAAAAAGCUUUGUCACACUUCAAACUACGGUGACGAACUCGCUCCUCUUACAACUUACAAUUCUACGUAUACCCUCACUGCAUAAUCCAGGUAACAGCAAAGCAGAGAGAGGAGAUGAAAGUGACCCCUGGAAGCCAGUUUAACAAGACUUUCGACACAUUCCUUGAGGCGCAAAAGGAAAACCCGGAGACUAAGUACCGAACGCAACUGACGAAAAUGCGGCACACGGGUUUUACGAAUACCGCAAAGUGCAUCGCGGCGCUUGAGGAGACAGGUGGACAAGUGCAGCCGGCGAUCGAGAUCUUGCUGAAGCAACAGUGA